ACAGUAACCUCGACCAACAACGAGGAAGAGCUUUGCAUUUUACCGGCUAUUGUCUAUUCGAAGCUUUCCCCUGUAAUAGUUAACACAUCAGUGGAUGGCUCCACUAAAGAAAUCGAAGAAGACGAAGAAAGAUUCAAAGAAGUUGAAGAAAAUCAAACACAAAAACAAGAAAAACAAGUCAAUUACCAUUGUUCCUGUUGAGAACAAAGGAAGUGGUGAAUGCGAUUGGUGGGAUAGUUUCUGGCACAAGAACUCACCAACCCUAGGUUGUGGUGUACCUUGUGAUGAAGAGGAAGGUUUCAAGUAUUUUUUCCGUGUUUCGAAGAAGACUUUUGAUUACAUAUGUUCACUUGUAAGGGAGGACCUUAUCUCAAGACCUCCUUCAGGUCUGAUAAACAUUGAGGGAAGGCUUCUUAGUGUUGAGAAGCAAGUUGCCAUUGCAUUGAGAAGAUUGGCUUCCGGUGAAUCCCAAGUUUCAGUUGGGGCAUCAUUUGGUGUUGGGCAGUCCACUGUGUCUCAAGUUACCUGGAGAUUCAUUGAGGCGUUAGAAGAACGUGCAAAGCACCACCUUAAAUGGCCAGAACCUAGUAAGAUGGAGAUAAUCAAGUCUGAAUUUGAACAAUCAUUUGGAUUACCUAACUGCUGUGGAGCAAUUGAUGAAACCCACAUCAUAAUGACGCUUCCUGCUGUUCAAACCUCAGAUGAUUGGUGUGAUCAGGAAAACAAUUACAGCAUGCUUUUGCAAGGUAUUGUCGACAGCGAGAUGCGUUUUCUAGACAUUGUGACAGGAUGGCCUGGGGGCAUGACCACUUCGAGACUGUUGAAGUUCUCUGGAUUUUACAAACUCUGUGAAAGUGGUGAUCGUUUAAACGGAAACGUCAAAAUGGUUAAAGGAGAAGAACUUAGAGAAUACAUUAUAGGAGGUUUUGGUUACCCUCUUCUUCCGUGGCUUAUUACACCAUAUGAAGGUGACGACCUCUCAGAUGCCAUAUUGGAUUUCAAUGCAUUACAUGAGACUGCUAGGUCAGUUGCAGUGAAAGCUUUCGCGCUAUUGAAGGGAGGUUGGAGAAUCCUUAAUAAGGUUAUGUGGAGACCUGAUAAACAGAAACUCCCUAGUAUCAUCCUCGUGUGUUGUUUACUUCAUAAUAUCAUCAUUGAUUGUGGAGACAGAUUUCAUCCUGAUGUUGCGUUAUCUGGUCAUCAUGACCCAGGAUAUGAGGGACAGAGCUGCAAGCAGAUUGAAUCAAUGGGGAGAUUAAUGAGGGACAAAUUAACUGUACACUUACAGGUUACCAAAAAAGAAGGCUCGAUGUAGGUGAUCAACCAACAUUGAGUGGUGUAAUCAAACUGCAGACAUUGUUUGAAAAAUUUAGAGAUGAACGAAAGUAGUUCACGAUCUUUUGCAAGUUACAGGUUAUGAAUGGAACCAAAAAAGAAUAAAACAGAGUAACUUAUAAGGAUGAGUUACAUGUUUUGUGGGACUUGUUUAAAAUCAAGAAGACUCGCUCGGUGCGUUUUGAAGAACCAAUUAUGGACGUGUUACCUGAGCCUGAUAUUUACUCUCCAAUAAUUAUUGGUAGAGUAAAUAUUGGUAGAGUAAAUAUCAGGCUCCGGUAACACAUCCAUGCUUGGUUCUCCAAAUGAACCGAGCGAGUCUUCUUGAGUUUUUUGGAUGAGUUUUCACUAUUGUCAUUCGAAACCCUCUUCCCACUACUAGUACCUGACAUUGUCUUCGAUGAACGUGCCCCAUCUGUUUGGACAUCACUGGUCCUUCUUCCUCCCCCGGCACAUAUGGACGGAAAUUGGGGUUGGCACUUAUAUUGACAUAGCCAAAUAUCUCUCUCAACAUUUUAUGAUGUAAAAACCUUUUCUUUCUAAAGUAAAAAGCUUAGCUUUAACAAACUUACCAAGUAAAGAUCUUCCCACAACUCAUCCUUACAAGUUACUCUGUUUUUUUUUUUUUUUUCCAUUUGUAACCACUAACUUGCAAAAGAUCCGUGAGCUGCUUUGUCUCAUCUCUAAGCAAGAUUCUAAACAUUGAAGAUGUUCUCACUCUCAAAUAGCUGCACUGGCAUUGGGGAUUUUACUUGGUGAUUUCUUGCUACUAUUAGCAGGGCAUCUCUUUCCCAAGGAAAAAGAGGGCCUCUUCAAAAAGCUUUGUUUCAGACCACGCUGAAGAUAAAAACGAGUUCAGGAGCAAGAUCUUUCUGAAUGUAGAAGAAGGUGCUUCAUGGUCCUUGAGUAUAUGUGAUGACUUACAAUUCAUACCAAGCUACUUUAGCAUGUCAUUUUGGUAAUAUUUUUCUACAUUAUUCCAAUCAUGACUCCUGUUCUUUUUUGCUCUGAGAUUUAGCCUGUCUUAGAUUAUCUGUAUUUGACUUGGUACUUGAAUCAACUGUCAAUAAUAACGCGUUAGUAUGGUGAA